AUUUCCCCAUCCUUUCUCAAAUCUUAAUUUGCCAUUCCAUCCAAAAAAAAAAUAAAUAAAAAUGGCUACUCACAAAGCUCAUUGCUUGAUUUUGGCAUAUCCACUUCAAGGUCAUAUCAACCCAAUGCUCCAAUUCUCCAAACGUUUGCAAUCCAAAGGUGUUAAAAUCACUAUAGCACUUACAAAAUCAUUCUUGAAAAACAUGAAAGAAUUGCCAACUUCAGUGUCAACCGAGGCCAUCUCUGAUGGCUACGAUGAGGGUGGCAUCGACCAAGCAGGAUCUUAUGUGUCAUACAUAAAAAGAUUCAAAGAAGUUGGCUCGGAUACUCUGUCUCACCUUAUUCAAAAAUUGACAAAUUGUGGAUGCCCUGUAAAUUGCAUAGUGUAUGAUUCAGUCCUUCCUUGGGCUGUUGAAGUAGCAAAGAAUUUUGGAUUAUUUAGUGCUGCAUUUUUAACACAAAAUUGUGUAGUGGAUAAUAUUUAUUACCAUGUACAUAAAGGGGUAAUAACACUUCCUCCUUGUACUCAAGUUGAUCAAGAAAUAUUAAUUCCUGGAUUAUCAUGUAUAAUUGAGAGUUCAGAUGUGCCUAGUUUUGAGUCAAAUCCUGAACCAGAUACAUUAGUUGGCUUUAUGGUGAAUCAAUUCUCAAAUCUUGACAAAGUGGAUUGGGUCCUAAUAAACAGCUUCUAUGAAUUGGAGAAUGAGGUAAUUGAUUGGAUGUCCAAGAUUUAUCCAAUCAAGACAAUUGGACCAACAAUACCAUCCAUGUACUUAGACAAGAGGCUACAUGAUGACAAAGAGUAUGGGCUUAGUAUCUUCAAGCCAAUGACAAAUGAAUGCCUAAAUUGGUUAAACCAACAACCAAUUAGGUCAGUGUUGUAUGUAUCAUUUGGAAGUAUGGCCAAAUUAAAAGCUGAGCAAAUGGAAGAAUUGGCAUGUAGUUUGAAGAAAAGCAACAGAAACUUCUUAUGGGUAGUUAGAUCCUCUGAAGAAUCCAAACUUCCCAACAACUUUUUGGAGGAAUUAAAACUAACAAGUGGCAAUAAUAAAGGCUUAGUGGUGUCAUGGUGUCCACAAUUACAAGUGUUGGAACAUGAAUCAAUAGGGUGUUUCCUGACGCACUGUGGGUGGAAUUCGACUUUAGAAGCAAUUAGUUUGGGAGUGCCAAUGGUGACAAUGCCACAAUGGACAGAUCAACCAACAAAUGCAAAACUUGUGAAGGAUGUUUGGGAGAUGGGAGUUAAAGCCAAACAAGAUGAAAAAGGGAUAGUUAGAAGAGAAGUUAUUGAAGAAUGUAUAAAGCUAGUGAUGGAAGAAGAGAAAGGAAAAUUGAUUAGGGAAAAUGCAAAGAAAUGGAAAGAAUUGGCUAGAAAUGCUAUGAAUGAAGGUGGAAGUUCAGAGAAAAACAUUGAAGAAUUUGUUUCCAAGUUGGUGAUUAUUUCUCCUAAGUGAUUAAGUAGUUAAUUAAGAGCCAUAAAAUAUAUUGAAGAAGUUAAUUUGUAUUUUGCAAUUUCUUUUUCUGAUUGAAGUAGCAAAGUUUGACCUGAA